ACGCGGUUAGUUUCGGUCCCAUCUGGUCUUAUCGUAUACUGGUGCGGACCUAGUUGCCCUCUCCGCAUCCAACCAGCUAGCGCGUCCGUCCCCAUGGCGGCCGCCGCCGCGGGGUUUACGCCGGCGACUGCAAGGAAGGCCCUCUUCACUACUACAGUCACUCUCCUCUCAUCGUCACUCUCACGUAGGGCCAGCAGCAUCCGCAGCCGCAACCUCUCCUGCUCUGCCGCGUUCACCGCCGCCACGCGCCUCGCGCCGCAGCCGCCGGACCUGGUCCGGUGGGUGCAGCGCGAGGGCGGAUUCGUCCACCGUGCCCUCCGCGUAGCGAAUCAUCCGGAACACGGGCUCGGGAUCUCAGCCUCUUCCGCCGCGGCCUACGGCGACAUCCCAAUUGGGGACGUCCUCAUCGCGCUCCCGAGCCAGCUUCCAUUACGACUACGCCGGCCCACCAGUGCCGCGGACGACGUGCUUGUGCAGCUCGCCCAACAAGUCCCGGAUGAACUAUGGGCUAUGAAGCUGGGCUUGAGGUUGCUUCAAGAAAGGGCCAAAUCUGAUUCAUUUUGGUGGCCAUAUAUUGCCAAUUUGCCAGAGACAUUUACUGUUCCAAUCUUCUUUCCUGGGGAAGACAUAAAAAAUUUGCAGUAUGCCCCUAUCCUCCACCAGGUCAAUAAAAGAUGUCGUUUUCUCCUCGAGUUUGAGAAAGAGGUACAGCAGAAGCUUCAUACUGUGCCCUUGGUAGAUCAUCCUUUUUAUGGACAAGAUGUAAAUUCAUCUUCCCUUGGAUGGGCUAUGUCAGCUGCCUCUUCUCGUGCAUUCCGUUUGCAUGGUGAAGUCCCAAUGUUGUUGCCUCUUAUUGAUAUGUGCAAUCAUAGUUUCAACCCAAAUGCUAGGAUUGUCCAGGAAAGAAGUGUAAACAGCUUAGACAUGUCAGUAAAGGUUCUUGCUGAGAAGAAGAUUAAGCAAAAUGAAGCAAUAACACUGAACUAUGGCUGCUACCCAAAUGAUUUCUUUCUUCUUGAUUAUGGAUUUGUGAUAACACAGAAUCCUUACGAUCAAGUGGAACUAAGUUACGAUGGAGCCCUUCUUGAUGCUGCAAGCAUGGCAGCUGGAGUCUCUUCUCCCAAUUUUUCAGCGCCAGCCAAGUGGCAACAAGAUAUAUUGUCACAGCUAAACCUACAUGGAGAGGGUGCCGUUUUAAAGGUGAGCUUAGGAGGCCCUGACGUUGUUGAUGGACGCCUGUUAGCUGCUCUAAGGGUGCUUCUUGCCGAUGAUCCAGAGGCUGUGCACAAGCAUGACCUGAAUACAUUGAUGUCUCUUGACGUGCAAGUUCCUUUAGGUCCCACUGUUGAAGCAUCAGCACUCCGGACAGUUCUUGCGCUUUGCGCGAUUGCUCUCCAACACUUUCACACAAAAAUAAUGGACGACCAGGCCAUUCUAGGCGGUGGGCCGCCUCUUAUCACGCAACUGGCCGUCCAGUUUAGAUUGCAGAAGAAGUUCACGAUCGUUGACGUGAUGCAGAAUAUCAGCAGGAGAAUCAAGAUGUUAUCGCCGCAGAAAUCCACUGGGUAGUUCUUUAAUCUGUCGUCAGACAGUCAGUUACCAUUCUGUACUGGCUACUGCAGAUAGCACAAAUCCCAGUUGUGAUUCUGUACCAUGUUCUUGUUAUGAUACUUCCAGUGCCUGUCAUUGAAAAGUUACAUCUGCGUCGAACAGUUAAUUACUUCCCUGUACUGAUUAUUGCGUAUAAUAAUAAGUCCCGAUUUUGAGUCUUGUACC